AUGGCCUCGUCUCAUCAUCACCAUCACCAUCACCAUCACCACCAUCAUACCCGCCACACCCAACAAUCUCGCAUCCCCUCCGCAGCCAUCGCUGCUCCCACCGCCACCACACAUCCACCACCACCACACCCAACAGCUGCUGCAGCAACCUCACGCCGCACCGUCUCCACCUCCGCCCCUACAGCUUACACAGCUGGAAUCCCCACUCACCAAGCCAGCUCCAGCAAUCCCGAUACCGUACGGACAAUGCCCUCUGUCCGCCGCAACCUCUUCCAGCACCAGCACCUCAGCCGCCGCCCGGCCUCUACGACCUUCGCCGGAUCACAUAGCUCCGCGUCAACUGUGCAUGCCGGAAAUACCAACGCCAACGCCAAUGCAAAUGCAAAAGCUAAUGGAAAUGUCCAUGUUACCACUUCUACAACUACACGCGUCGCAAACGCCUCUAGAGCUGCACCGACAAUUCCCCUCACCGUCCCGCAAGGGCAUGGGCUUGGAUACGGCCUAAGCCAUCCCCAAAUGCCCCGCUCCGCCUCGUCCUCGUCUCUGGAUGGCAGCGAGAUUGUAGCCCGUGACAAGAAUGGCGGGUAUAAGGUUGACGUGCCUGCGUUGCCUGUGGGGAUGUGGGAUGAGGACUUCGAGGAUGGGGUAGCCGGGAUGAACGUUGAUAUUGGAGCAGGUGUUGGGAUUUCUGGUGGUGCGGGUGGGGUUGGAGGGACGGGGGAUAUCGGGUGGAGGGAUAAGGAGAAGAUUGAGGCUAGUAUUGUGGAGAUGAUGUGUCGGAAUCGCAGUAGGCAGCUACAUAGUGAACCGCCUGAAAUCUUCCUCCUUAUCCAACAGAGCCUACGGGAAAAAAUAGCCACGCUGGACGAGGACAACUGGAUGUACGAGGUCGAGGAUGAACUUCAUGUCUAG